GCCUUACUGCAUCGCUGUAUCCAAUCCAAUCCAAUCCUCCUCUCUUCUCCAAUUAAGAACCGUCACGUGCGUGCGAAGUGGCGCUCCUCCUUUCGCCCCAGUGACGAACAACCGAUUUUGGAGAGGACUAACUACACUAUACGAACCGGUGCGGUCUUGAGAUCAUGACCCAGUGAUCCAAUCCAUCCUCCCUCUAUACCUAAAUCCAUAAAAAUAACGCCCUGCGCAAUUCCCUACCUAGGACUUCCCUUAAUUAAAAGUCCCCCCCCAAAAAAAAACGAACAUAAAUCAGACAAAAAGUUUCUGAACAUUGAAUCGAUUAUUAUUAUUCACUUCUUAUACCCGGAAGAGGUUUUAUUAUUCUUCAGAGACGAUAAGAAUAGGUCGCUCGCUCACAACAAGAACAAGCAUGCCCCGCCUCCGGCUCCUCGCGCCCCGCCUCCUCCUCCUCGCUCGCGCCCCCGUCCUCGCCACACAACGACGAUGUCGUGUUGUCCCCGCCGCGUGCCCCCGCAUGUUCAGUACGAGUACUGGUCAGCGGGGGAUCUCGAAACGUAGCAGCAGCGGGGGCGGGGGCGGCGGAGGUGAGAAGGCGGGGCGGCAGAUGGACGUGCAUAACAAGCAGCAGCGUGCGGCGGGGCUGGAGGCGGGGAAGGGGUCGGGGAAGGGGUCGGAAAAACAGGGCGGAGGUGAGAUGAAGAAGAUGAAGAAGAAGAAAGAUGGGGAGGGGAAGGAGGAGAAGGAGAAGGAGAAGGAGAAGCAGGGCGCGGAUAUGGAUGAGGAGAAGAGUGGGCUGAGUAUUGGCAAGCCAUCCUCUGGCAAGAGUACCACCCUGAACAGUCUGACCGAUGCGUCCUCCAAAGUUGGAAACUUUCCCUUCACCACAAUCGAUCCGCAGCGCGCCGUCGGCUACCUCCAGAUCGAGUGCGCCUGCGCGCGCUUCAACCUCUCCGAUCGAUGCAAACCGAAUUAUGGCGCCUGCGUCGACGGGAGGCGGUCUGUCCCUAUCGAGCUUCUCGACGUAGCUGGGCUGGUACCGGGCGCGCACGAAGGCAAGGGGCUAGGGAAUAAGUUCCUCGACGACCUGCGGCACGCGGACGCGCUCAUCCACGUUGUGGACGUGAGCGGCACGACCGAUGCCGAGGGCAAGGCGACGAGAGGAUACGAUCCUUCGCAGGACAUUGUGUGGCUACGCUCCGAAAUCGUCCAGUGGAUCCGGGGAAACCUCAUGCAGAAGUGGGGAUCGAUAAAACGGAGACAUGUGGCGGUGAAGGCUACGGCUGUGGAGACUCUACAAGGGCAGUUUUCUGGUUAUGGGAGUACAUCAGCCGUCGUUGCAAGGACCUUGGAUAAGAUUGGCCUCAAAGAACCAUUAGAAGAAUGGUCUGACGAGACGAUUGACAAGGUUGUCAGCGCAUUUGCGGACGAGAAAUUUCCAACAGUCAUCCUUUUGAACAAGGUUGAUCAUGCCGAUGCCGACAAGAAUAUCAGCAAGAUCUCCAGGAUGUAUGAUUCAAAACAAUUAGUUCUGGGCUCUGCGAUAACUGAAGUCCUCCUGAGACGACUGGUGAAGCAGGGAUUUAUCAAGUACACAGAAGGGAGCGAGUUCGUAGACACACGGGACGAUCUCAUUGCGGACGGGGAUCCCACCGGGGGCGGACUGAAGGAACUCGACGAGAAGUUGAAGAAUCGAAUCGAGAAUAUCAAGGACAUGGUCCUCUACCGCUUCGGCUCGACGGGUGUCGUGCAGGUCCUAUCCCGAGCUGCGGAAUUGCUAGGCCUCGUCCCGGUCUUUCCUGUCCGAAACGUCUCCUCCUUCGGGUCUGGCGCUGCCGGUUCCAAUGCCGUCUUUCGGGACUGUGUCCUUGUCAAGAAGGGUACCACAGUGGCUGAAGUCGCACGCAAGGUUAUGGGUGAUGUCCCCUUGGCAUACGUAGAAGGCGUAGGAGGCGUGAGGGUCGGCGAGGACGACGUUGUCGGGAUUGGCAAAAACGACAUCCUCUCAUUCAAGGUCGGUCGUGCGUAAACGUCUCUGGGCAGGCAUGAUGGGGAUCUGGCGUUUAGAUAUCGGGCAAUGAGGCAUAGCAAUCGGCGUUGGAUGGCAAAUGGAAGGCAGUCGCUCAAACAGGGCCCUUUUACAUAUACUGACGUUCAAGUGAUCGUCAAUAUAUACCUGUUUAGAAUCGACAAACUGCUUUAAAAGCAUACAAGUAGAAUAAGCAUUUGAAAGAGGUUGUAGUUGCAAAUAGAAUCAAGAGAGGGUCUCGAAUGAAUACCAUUCAUGAAGAAAAGCUGAAGAACGAAGAAAUCUUAGUUUUUGGGAGUACUUAUAGAUUAUUACAGCCCC